GAAACGAGAUGGACUCCUUCCCUCAUACGCUGUGUCGCGCUCGCGCCAUGGCCUAUGACCUGCCGCCGCCGCUGCCGAAGAAGCCGAAAUCCCCACCGGCCGCUCCGACCACCAUAUGCGCCCUUGGCGACGACCUCCUGCGAGAAAUAUUCAUCCGCCUCCCCUCCCUCCCGGCUCUCGUCCGCGCCGCCCUCACCUGCCGCUCCUCCCUCCGCGCCGUCCGCUCAUGCCCCACCUUCCGCCGCUGCUUCCGCGAGCUCCGUUCUCCCCCACUCAUCGGCAUAUUCAUCAACAUCCCCGACUUCAACACCCCUGCUUUCCGUCCGCUCCGCCUGCGCCCGGACCCGGACAUCGCCGCGGUCGUCCGUCGCGCCGACUUCUUCCUCACCCGCCUCCCCAACAACGACGAGGGAUCCGCCCCCAAAUGGUUAAUCAGGGACUGCCGCGAUGGGUACGUUGUUCUCAUCAGCCAGAACACCAACCACAUGGCCGUCUACAACCCCCUCACACGUGUCCUGCAUCUCCUCCCCAAGCCGCCCCGCAAGAUCUGCAAGGAGAUGUACGUUGAGUUCCAUGUCCUCUCCUCCGAAGAAGACCCGGGUCCGUUCCGCGUUAUCUGUGUCUGUCACGAAGUUUACGGAGCGCAAGCCGCCGUCAUCUCAUCAGAAACCAUGGAGUGGCAGAUCUUCCCGUGGGUGGAGGCUUCAAGCAUCGAGCCUGACCUGCAGCCUGAGCACAAGGACUAUACUGCCCACAGUGGAGUGCUGGUGAAUGGGGACAUCUACUGGACACAAGCGAGCCGAGCCAGUGCACGCGUGCUGAACACCGCUACAUUGCAGUUCUCUCGAAUAGAACUGCCUCCGCACAUUGGAGGGCAAGGAGCACUUACGGCUGGCGAGACCAGGGAUGGUAAGCUCUGCGUCAUCUGCGCCGUCAAACUCACGCUUGUUCUCUGGUCCCGGAGAGCCGACGAUGACGGCAUCGAGCGGUGGAUGCUGGACAAGACAUUCCCGUUGUUGCCGGCGAUCCAUGCGCUCACUGGCAAUCGCCCAGUGGAUGAUCAUGAGCUGAAGAUUUUAGCCAUCGUCAAUGGCGUUGUAUACAUGUCUAUAUUCUAUGAGCCGGAACCCAUUUUAUCAGGCUGGUUCCUAUCAUUCUGCCUAGAAACAGGGAAGCUGAAUAAGCUCUGUCAUGUGCUUUACCCGGACAGUUUGUAUCCCUACAUCAUGGCAUGGCCUCCUUCUUUGGUACUUGACAAGGUGAACCCUUGA